AGAGAAUGAAGCAUAUUUGAGAUUGCAUUAGGGCUUCAUUAACAUGCUUUUCCUCUUCUUCUUAUUAAUCCCCCCAUCCAGUGUGUCUAUGUCUAUAAUAAUAAUAAUAAUAUACAGUCUUCUCUUUUUCUUUUCCUGAGAAGUGAGAACCAUAAUAAUAUUGAGAGAGAGAGAGAGAUGGGAAGGGGAAGGGUAGAGUUGAAGAGAAUUGAGAACAAGAUCAACAGGCAAGUGACCUUUGCAAAGAGAAGAAACGGGCUACUGAAGAAGGCGUAUGAGCUUUCAGUUCUUUGUGAUGCUGAGGUUGCUCUCAUCAUCUUCUCCAAUAGGGGAAAACUGUACGAGUUUUGCAGCAGUUCAAGCAUGCUGAAAACACUAGAGAGGUACCAGAAAUGUAACUAUGGAGCACCGGAAACUAAUGUGUCAACUAGGGAAGCCUUGGUAAUGGAAUUAAGCAGUCAACAAGAAUACUUGAAGCUGAAGGCACGUUAUGAAGCCCUACAAAGGUCCCAGAGAAACCUGAUGGGAGAAGAUCUUGGCCCUCUAAGCAGCAAAGAGCUGGAGUCACUGGAAAGGCAGCUAGAUUCGUCGUUGAAGCUAAUCAGAUCCACAAGGACCCAAUUCAUGCUGGAUCAGCUAUCGGAACUUCAACGUAAGGAACACUUGCUAAGUGAGGCUAACAGGGCUCUCAGACAAAGGCAGUUGGAAGGGUAUCAAAUAAAUCCAAUGCAGCUGAAUCCUGGUGGUGUUGAUGAUAUGGGAUAUGCCCGCCAUCCACCUCAACCUCAGCCCGAUCCUCUUUUCCAGCAAUUGGAUUGUGAGCCUACCUUACAAAUUGGAUAUCAGCCUGAUCCAGUAUCAGUGGUGACGGCAGGCCCAAGCAUGGGCAAUUACAUGGGAGGAUGGCUACCAUAGAUGAAUAUACCAAGCUCCAUGCCUUGUGACACCCACUCCAGCUUCAUAUAUCUAUCUCGUUUAUUUUCAAUUUUAUUUCACAAACAAAAAAAGAAAAAAGAAAAAAAUCGCUUUGGCAUGUAAUGGACUUAUUAUAAUUCUUAUUUUCUACUGGCUAGUAUGGACACUACAUAUAAGCAGUGCUGUUCUCUGUGUACUCUCAUAAAAACUGCACUUCUUUGCUGUGUUAACUUUAAUUUCUCAUAAUAGAAUAAUUAUUUGUUUGCUUCUCUAA